AUAGUGUCCAAAACCCGUUCAUUUUCAAAUCUUGGCGUAUCGCAAGUAUAAGCCAUCAGCCUAAUGGGUUGAAUUCUAUCCAGCCCAUCAGUUACCUACUAUCAUAAUUCAUAAGACAAACUUUUCGUUUGAACCAUCUUUUACCUUUGCCUUAAACAAAUUUCAAAAACACUUCCCUGAACUUGAGAAAACACUCUCCACUGAGAAAUCAAAUGGUAAAAAACGAUGGCAAAUUGAAAUCCGCAAUGAGGCGCAAACCUCUGCAAGAUCUCUCCAAUGGCGGUGUUAAAUCCACGAAGAUGAACAAGAUGAAGUUCAAACAACAACAACAACAACAACUUCCUCACUCCCAAAUUCAACACCCCAACAAUGAAGACCCACUUGAUCGUCUUCUUUUGCUUCAUUCCGAUAUUUCCUCUCUCCUUCAUCACCUGGAUAUCUGGACCCUUGUGAUUGUUCCUUGAUGCAAGUUAUGAGCAGACUUCCUGAAUUGCAGAUUGAUGAACUUGUUGUCCAAGCUGUCAAAGUGGAUACAACUGAAACUGAGAAGAUUAAUGAAAUCAAAUCCUUCACCACGCUAUUAUCUGACAUGCAUUCCUCUCUUCAGCCUUGGGUUCCCAGACUUCAAAAAGCACUUGCUGUCCCUCACCCUGAGUCUGAGGCUCAGUAUUAUGAGACUUGUAUUGUUUCUUCUUGUGUGCUUGAUCAAGGUGAUAGUCAUGCAGUUGAUACACCUAAGCCAACUAAGGAUGAGCAUUUAGUCUCUCCUUCCCCUCUUGUAUCAUGGCGUGCUACUAACUACGGGGAAGAAAGAGGUAAACAACUGUUUCUUCUUACUCCUCUACUGGGGCCAAAAACAAUAAUGUCCAAGAGUCAUGCUUUAACCAAGCUAACUACUUAUGAAGGGAUCUCCUCGAGCCCAGCUGCUACAUUUCCAUCACUUGGUGCUGAUGACAAAUCUAACAAUGAAAAUCUCAAAGUUGUUUCUAACAAUAUGGAGAGCAUGUCAGAUAUUCCGGUCAGUGACCUUUCCACAACUUUGUUUACUCCCUGCCACAGAAACCCACCUCUAAGAACAGAUGUUCCGCAUGAGCUUGGCCAUGAAACUUCACACAGAAAGAUUGUUAAAUUCCAUAAAUCAACACCAUUUCCAGUUGUAAACAAAAGUAUAUGCCAGUCAGAUUCUGAGAGCACUAGUGGUGAAGGUCUAGAGAAGCUCGGGUUGAAGUAUCCUGAGCUUAUUGGAAUGACACGCUCCUGUAAGUCGAAUAACAGAUGCACGUCAUUAGAAGCUUCACCAGCAUGGAAAACGUCCCCACCAAAAUGUUGUACAUUGCUGGAACCACUUGAUGAAAAACACCCACAAGACGAUGCUAGCUUGCAAGAACUAGCUAGUACCUUCACUCAGCAAUUAUGCCUCGCUUCUAAAGAAAGCAACAUUACUAAUAAUAAUCAAGAUAAAAAGAGCAAGCAAUUUUCCUUGCGAGCGAACAUAGGGAGCAGCUUUGCAACGGUAGACAGCACUCCUUUGUGGAAGGGAUCUGAAAGCGCAAUUCACAAAGGCAAGCGCCCAGGUGAAAACACUUUGAAGAGGGAGUUGUGGACGAGGUUUGAAGCUGCAACUACAAAUGAAUGUCAUCUAAAUUUUUCCGGUCUGAACGAUACUUCUCACCGAGGUUUUCUUGAGAGGUUAGAAGAGGCUUCUUGUGAUGAAUCUGUGCAUACAGAUGUUGAUACAUGAGUUCUGGAGUACUUAGUAGUGUACAAACUGAAUGAAACAAAAUUUUGAUUUGUAAAUGGUGGUUUUUGGCUAUUGUACUCCAAGUUCUAAAGCCACCAAAAAGUUUAAUGUUCAUAGUGUAAUUCUUAAUGAGCAUUUCUUAGGGCUCCUUCGGUAUUAAGGUGGUUUUCUAUUUUUUGGUUUUUUGAUUUUCAAAGUCAUGUCUUAUAAUGAAUAAAAAUAUAGUCAAAUUUAUUGGA